UUGAGCCAGGGUUUAAAUCUAUCCCUCUCUGCCCGGCUGCUUGCAAAGCUCUGCUUCUCAGCUUGCCUCUGCCUCCUCUAACGACUCUAAUAUUCUCUUAAAAAUAACGUCAUUCUGGAUUCUUUGGAGUUACUAAGGUGGCAAAAGAGAUCAUGGUGCAUACCAUAGGAAUGAUUGAAGAUUGUGGGAAAAGAGGAAAUACCAUGGCAGAGAGAAGGCAGCUGUUUGCAGAAAUGCGGGCUCAAGAUUUGGAUCGCAUUCGUUUGUCCACCUACAGAACAGCAUGCAAGCUCAGAUUUGUUCAGAAGAAAUGCAACUUGCACCUGGUGGACAUCUGGAACGUGAUAGAAGCCUUACGGGAAAAUGCUCUGAACAACCUGGAUCCCAGCAUUGAACUGAAUGUGGCUCGCCUGGAAGCUGUGAUUUCCACCAUCUUCUACCAGCUCAACAAAAGGAUGCCAACAACCCACCAGAUCAAUGUGGAACAAUCCAUCAGCUUACUGCUCAACUUCUUGCUAGCAGCCUUCGAUCCGGAAGGACAUGGUAAAAUUUCCGUUUUUGCUGUCAAAAUGGCCUUGGCAACUCUUUGUGGAGGAAAGAUCAUGGACAAAUUAAGAUAUAUUUUCUCAAUGAUUUCUGACUCCAGUGGAGUGAUGGUUUAUGGCAGAUACGACAUGUUUCUGCGGGAGGUUCUCAAGCUGCCCACAGCUGUUUUUGAAGGGCCUUCAUUUGGUUAUACUGAACAAUCAGCAAAAUCCUGUUUCUCACAACAGAAAAAAGUCACAUUAAACACUUUCUUGGAUACUCUCAUGUCUGACCCCCCGCCACAGUGUCUAGUGUGGUUACCACUUCUGCACCGACUGGCAAAUGUUGAAAAUGUCUUCCACCCCGUUGAGUGUUCCUACUGCCACAGCGAGAGCAUGAUGGGGUUUCGCUACCGCUGCCAGCAGUGUCACAAUUACCAGCUCUGUCAGGACUGCUUCUGGAGGGGCCAUGCCAGCGGUUCCCACAGCAACCAGCACCAAAUGAAAGAGUACACGUCAUGGAAAUCACCUGCUAAGAAGCUAACUAAUGCACUUAGCAAGUCUUUAAGCUGUGCUUCCAGCCGUGAACCUUUGCACCCAAUGUUCCCUGACCAGCCUGAAAAACCUCUAAACCUGGCUCAUAUUGUGCCCCCCCGACCUGUAACCAGCAUGAAUGAUACACUCUUCUCCCAUUCUGUUCCCUCAGGAAGUCCUUUUGCAAACAGAAGUUUUCCUGUCUUAUUAAAUAGCUCUCCUUCCAAGAAUACUGAAGUAGAGCAGAGCAAACUGCUGGCUAGGGCUGCUCCAGCUUUCUUGAAAGGCAAAGGGUUACAGUACAGCCUCGAUGUUGCAGACAGGCUGGCUGAUGAACAUGUACUCAUCGGGUUGUAUGUCAACAUGCUGCAGAGCAACCCCACACGUGUGCUCGACAGCACAAGUCGCCUGGAUGAAGAACAUAAGCUGAUCGCCAGGUAUGCAGCAAGGCUGGCAGCAGAAACUUCUUCAUCACAGCAGGGGCAGCAAAGAGGGGCAUCAGACAUCUCCUUCACCAUUGAUGCAAACAAGCAACAAAGGCAGCUGAUUGCAGAGCUUGAAAAUAAAAACCGAGAAAUCCUACAGGAGAUCCAGAGGCUGCGACUUGAACAUGAGCAAGCGUCUCAGCCCACACCAGAGAAGGCACAGCAAAAUCCCACUCUUCUUGCAGAGCUCCGGCUCCUGAGACAGCGGAAGGAUGAGUUGGAACAGAGGAUGUCUGCUCUCCAGGAAAGCAGGAGGGAGCUCAUGGUUCAGUUAGAAGGCCUCAUGAAACUGCUGAAGGAAGAAGAACUGAAGCAGGUAACCCAAGGGGCAGGCUCCCCACGUUCCUCACCCAGCCACACCAUCAGCCGACCCAUUCCAAUGCCCGUCAGGUCUGCCUCUGCCUGCUCCACCCCAACCCAUGCACCUCAGGAUUCUCUGACCGGAGUAGGAGGAGACGUGCAGGAAGCCUUUGCACAAAGUGCAAGACGAAACUUAAGAAAUGAUUUGCUGGUGGCAGCAGAUUCAAUUACUAACACUAUGUCUUCUUUGGUAAAAGAACUAAAUUCUGAAGUGGGCAGUGAGACAGAAAGCAAUGUGGAUUCUGAAUUUGGACGGACUCAUUUUGAUGACCUGGUUCCAUCCCCAACAUCUGAGAAGGCUUUCCUUGCACAGAUCCAUGCUCGGAAGCCUGGAUACAUCCACAGUGCUGCUGCCACCGGCUCCAUCCGCAGUGACAUGGUUACAGAAGAUGGAGACCCCUAUGUCAGAGCAGAUGAUGAAAAUUAUGAGAAUGACUCAGUCCGCCAGCUGGAGAAUGAACUGAAAAUGGAGGAGUACCUGAAGCAGAAGCUGCAGGAUGAGGCAUACCAGGUCAGUUUGCAAAGUUGAGUGCAAUAUCCUUCUCUCUCCUCUCAAGCAAGCUGCAGUCAGACAGACAACGAGAGCUACGUAAGAACUGAUGAUGAGGAGAGCUGCUUUCGGACAGACGACGAAGAAAACUCGGCUGCAAACUUCACAGAAGAGUGGAACCAAGAGGUGCAGCAUCUCUUGACAAAAAAAUCACAUAACUAAGUUCUGAGGACGGUAGCACAGUACUUUUGUUCUAACAGUUGUAGUUUGUAGAUGUGUGUUUUUGACAACAAGACCUUUUGUUUAAAGCUAACUUAUAUUAGCUACAUCUUCUGUAACAUGGCUCAUUACCGCUGAGGAAACCAGACUGACACAUGUACUGCUGUUACAAAGGAUGGCAGUAUUAAUAACUCACAUAAACCCUUUGCACAUGAUAUUGAACCUGUUCAGUUUACAAUGACAAUACUGUUUAUAGCUAGAAAUUUGAUUUCUGAAUACUUUUGAGAUUUUAGUAGAUCGGUUUACUAUACACUGUACAUUUUUUCCACGGAAGAAGCAAAAUGCUACAAUUAUGCAUUUAACACUGAAUGAUUAUAGUCCUGAGUGUAUAUAUCUAGUAGCCCAAAAAAAAAAAAGUACCAGACUACAUUUGCAAAUUGUUAGCAAGUCUCUAAAUUAAGACUUAUAAAAAAUGUACUAAAAGAGUAAUAUAAUUAAUAAUAAUAAUAAAUCCUCUAAUUUAGGGCUAAUGUGUAACUUAGGAAUGUUUCUUUCAAAAUAAUUAAUCUAACAAAUCAGCCAUAGAAGUUAGUGUAAAUAUUUUUUUUCCAAAUAGAUAUCAUAUACAAAAGGUGACAUUCAAAUGAUAUAGAAUCUAGUUUUUAAAUCAGCACAGAUCUUCUUAAAACUGUGAACUAUGUUUUGAAAUACUCGUUGCUAAAGCUGUUUAUAAACCACAGGUGCCAUAAGAUCCCUGAACUGACUGAUGUUACAUAUAAUCCUCCAUGGUAUUGUUUCAUUGAUGUUUUAGCUUUAGUAAGCAUGUGUUCAACAAACCGGCUCUUUCCAUCUCUCUGCCCUCCCUCCUCCCUCCUCCCUCCUCCCCAUUAUGUUACUUUCGAGGCCUUCAGCUUUAAAUGUACAGGCUUAAAGUGCGCUUGCAACUGUUUUCUUUUUAUUUCUGAAUGUGUACUGCCUUAGCCAGCCACCAGAUGUUCUGCAUGCUCUCUUGGAAAUGUGUAGUGAGACUCUUUCGGAGCUGGAUGGAAAAAUAGCUAUCGGUGAAAAAGCACAAGAGAAGCAGUGGGUUUUUGCAAAAGGACAGGCAUACAGUUACAGAACUGGGGUUUUGCCACUGGGGUUUAGUGUUUUUUUCAGGUAUAAAGGCAUUUCAGGAGAAAGGGGGCUUACCUGUGUUUUGCUCUGCUGUGACUACAAACGUACAGAUACUCCUGAGGAGGGGUGGACACAAACUAGCUGGAAUGUCCUCCCCACAGCAUAUUGCUUGGAAACAAAAGAUGACCCCUGUAUGGCACAUAGCACUGCCAUGCAGAGCAAUCCCAGGGGCAGCCAGAGCAGAAGCCAGGCAGCAGCACAGUGCAGUGUUCCCUCCUGGGUGUGAGCUCAGGACAACCUCUGUGCUAAGGUAAUUUUACUGCCCAAACACAACCUGGCAGCUUCCAGUACCUGGCUGACCUGAAGUGACACUAACAGCCCUGAGAACAGAAGCAUUUCAUACAGAUAUUUCACACCAGCACAGAUUGCCUACAGCGAGUGAUGAGAUACCCAUCUAAAGCAGGUUAGCAUGGUGUGUCUGUCCUUGCUUUCAUGGUGAUGUGGAUGUGUGCUGCCGUGUUUCUGUGAGAUUGCUAUGUAGCUCGACCCACUUGUUUGCAUGCACUCUCUAGGCUUCUGGCUGUUCCCAUGGGCACUGUGUGUUAGGGAAUGAGUAUCUGUAUGAAAGAGCUGCUGCCAUUUUUCACUUUCAUAUUUUAUUAUUACGUAUGCAAGUCUCUUGUCCGCAUCUCCUUGCAUAUCUGGGCUUGGUCUGAGACAUCCUAAUGCAAACUAAAGUGUCCAGGUAUCUUCAUGUAAGCUUUUCAUUUUUACAAUCACUGGUCUUUGCUCCUGGGGUAUGGUGCUGUCCUGGCAAGGCAGGGACCAUAUCCUCCCAUGCCCCGUCCUCCAACCUCCUCUCAGGAAUGGGUGAGCCUCCACUAGUGCCUAGCACUCCACAUUUAAAGCUACUCCAGCGAAGCUGUAGAUGUUGCUGUCAGCUCAGGAUUCCAGGCAAGCAUUUCCUGAACAGAGAUAAAACAAGAUAGAACACAGCUACAUGCAAUGGCUGACUAAUUCAACCCAUGUCAUGUUUAACCAUACCCUGAGUGAUAGAUCCCUCUCAUCAUCUUAAUGUCUGUGUGCUCAUUAUCUCUAUGCUUAAAAUAGAUGCAAUAGAAUACAUCCAUUGCAAGGGAUUCUGCUCUGGGAGUAAGGAAAAAAGUUGACAGAUGAAGCACCUUUCUCUCAGGCUGGUGUCAACAAGGUGAUCCCCAGCAGAGCUCUGGGUCCCGUAUGCCCUGGAGCUCUGAGAUGAAGCACCUCUUACUUGGCUCUCCAAGUAUCUAUUUUUAAGCAUUUUCCAACUGUUAAGCUGGCUGUGUUUUCACCCAGCUGGUCUUUGUCUGCUUGUUGAAUAUUAUUUUGGUUGUGGCUUAUGGUCAUUAAAAUAAAUAGAGUUACAGAAGAGGUCCCUGGCGUGGGCCUUUUCUUAACUACGAAUGGCCUGCCACAGCCACUCAAAUUCCGGGUGGUUUUACUGUCACUGGAGGGAAACCAGUGGUUUGGAAUCAGGAGACAGGGAUGUGAAGAUUUUAGGGUCCUCGAAUGUCCAAAGUGAAGGUGGAGAAUGGGUUGUCUGUAAGUAGUAAUGUUAAUUAAACUGCAUAAAAAGGUGUGUGGCCUUUGUUGUGAUAUAAUAUGUAUUUUCUUAUAUGCAUGAGCCAAACUGUUGCAUCAUAAUUUAUCAUAAGUGUGUCCACCAUUACUUUCAGUCAUCUUCUCCCAUCCUUAUUGGUUCUUGGCAAUUGCUGUAGAUAGACCUUGUAAAUACUGCAACCUCGGGUUGCUGUAAUCACAUUGGUUCAAUUCAGCAGACGGAGCUGUGAACAACAAGCACUCCACUGUGUCCUGAAGACAAAAGGGCAUUUUUACCUUUGAACCAAAACCAAAACAACACAACAACAAAAAAAAAACAAAAACAACCUAUGAAGAGUUACAUCUUGAGGCUACUAACUUUAAGACAUUUUUAAAACUACUGUACUUGACACCAACUGAGACAGAUACAGAGACACUAAAGAUGUCACAAUAUUCAUUGGUAUUGUAACAGAACUGCUAUUGUAUGGGUUUUUUUGUAUUGCUGUUAAGUAUUGUUUUGUGUGUGUGUGUUGGAACCUACUGGGGACAUGUUAUAUUUUGAAGUGAUUAAACUAUUUAAUUGUGUGUCUAUAUUUUGGAAUGGAAUUAUUUCUUCAUUAAAAAGAUUUUUAAAAGUAA